AUGGCGGCGUCUGCGGGGACGACUCCCGGGCUGACGACCCCCGCGGCGAUGACUCCGGCGGCAACCACGCCCGAGUCGGAGAGAGAUGUUGACUUCCAGGAGCAUGAGAAGAUUCUAUCUCCAGAUUUUCUUUCAGUUGCCCAAAUCACUGAAAUGCUAGCAGAGGACGUAGAUGGAGUUCAACGAAAACUGGAAAAGUUUUUAAAUUUCAAAAAUCUUCAAACCUGUUUAAAGGAAGCCAUUCUACUAGAUUAUUAUGUGUCUGGAUUUUUGUGGGCUAGAGAAAUGGACUUUUCUGUUAUUCAAUAUUCAAAAUUUAUGACUUUACUAGAUAUGUUACUUCAUAAUCUUAAAACACUGCAUAUGUCCUUAGAAGAUAGCAUAAAAUGGCUCGGAGAAGUUAUGGCUGAAAUAAGACCAUCCCAUUCACAAAAAAAUGAAGAAUGGAAUAUCUUUGAUGUAAAACAAGCCAAUGCUAUCAUUGAUUACUUAAAAGUCAGCUUAUUUCAACAUUACAAGCUAUAUGAGUUUCUGUUCUACUCUACCAGGGAAGAAAUUGUGAUAGGAACUGAGCAAGUGAUAGAGAUUGUCAAGCCUUCGGGUUGCCUUUUCCCUGAUCCACUAGAAGAAGGAAUCUCAUUUGACAUUUACUCAGCAUUCAUAGAGCCACCCCCGACAUUGGAUACAGAAAUGAAGGGGCUGGAUCAAGAACCAGGCCCUGAGGCGUCCCAGCCGGAAGACGACACUUCAGACACAGAUCCUUUAGUUGGUUUCACCAUUGAAGAUAUAAAAUCAGUGCUGGAUCAAGUCACAGAUGACAUUUUAAUCGGCAUCCAGACCGAGAUAAACGAAAAGCUGCAAAUACAGGAAGAGGCCUUUAAUGCACGAAUAGAAAAAUUGAAAAAGGCCUGAGGACUAGGUACAAGGAGGGUGAUGCUAAACU